GCAGAGGGUGGGGCCUGUCGCCAUGGCAGCGAGGGGCGGGGGCGCGCGCGGUCGGCGGCGGGCCGGGGGCUGGAGAGACAGGUCUGUGUGCUGGAGGCAUUCGGCGGGCGGAGUCUCACGCGCCGACACCCGACAAGAACGUGCUAAGAGUCAGUUUCUGGGGAACAAACAUUGGACGAGGAACCAAGACCCUCCUCUUCACUAAAUUGAUGUUGUGUGAAUCAUUUUACCUCUCCUGAUCUCAGUUGCCUCAUCUGUAAAAGGAAAUAAAAAUUCUGUACCUGUCUGAAGAACUUAUAUUCAUCUAGAGUUGACUUAUUUUGGUCUGUGAGGAAGAGAUCCAAUUUUACUUUUUCAUAUGGAUGUUUCACUCAGUCGCAUGGCUCUGGAGAGCUACUUUGACAUAAAUCAGAUGCGCUGGAGGACCAUUCUGCCGCAACAUUGUGUUCUCAUGGUUACCUGUCUGGUUACUGUCCUUGAAGCCGUGCCUAUAGACAUAGACAAGACCAAAGUACAAAACACUCAACCUGUAGAAAGCGCAAAGAUAGAGCCACCAGACACUGGGCUUUAUUAUGAUGAAUACCUCAAGCAAGUGAUUGAUGUGCUGGAAACAGAUAACCAUUUCAGAGAAAAGCUCCAAAAAGCAGACAUAGAGGAAUUAAAGAGUGGGAGGUUAAGCAAAGAACUGGAUUUAGUAAGUCAUCAUGUAAGGACAAAGCUUGAUGAACUGAAAAGACAAGAAGUAGGAAGGUUAAGGAUGCUGAUUAAAGCUAAAUUGGAUUCCCUUCAAGAUGUAGGCAUGGACCACCAAGCUCUUUUAAGACAAUUUGAUCACCUAAACCACAUGAAUCCUGACAAGUUUGAAUCCAAAGAUUUAGAUAUGCUAAUCAAAGCGGCGACAGCUGAUUUGGAGAACUAUGAUAAGACUCGGCAUGAAGAAUUUAAAAAGUAUGAAAUGAUGAAGGAGCAUGAAAGGAGAGAAUAUUUAAAAACACUGGAUGAAGAAAAGAGAAAAGAAGAAGAAUCUAAAUUUGAAGAAAUGAAGAAAAAGCAUGAAAAUCAUCCCAAAGUCAAUCAUCCAGGAAGCAAAGAUCAACUAAAAGAGGUAUGGGAAGAGGCUGAUGGAUUGGAUCCCAAUGACUUUGACCCCAAGACAUUUUUCAAAUUACAUGAUGUCAAUAAUGAUGGAUUCCUGGAUGAACAAGAAUUAGAAGCCCUGUUUACAAAAGAGUUGGAGAAAGUGUAUGACCCCAAAAAUGAAGAGGAUGAUAUGAUAGAAAUGGAAGAAGAAAGACUUAGAAUGAGGGAACAUGUAAUGAAUGAGGUUGAUACUAACAAAGACCGAUUGGUGACUCUGGAGGAGUUUUUGAAAGCAACAGAAAAAAAAGAAUUCUUGGAACCAGAUAGCUGGGAGACAUUGGAUCAGCAACAGUUCUUCACAGAGGAUGAGCUAAAAGAAUAUGAAAAAAUUAUCUCCUUACAAGAGAAUGAACUUAAGAAGAAAGCAGAUGAGCUUCAGAAACAGAAAGAAGAGCUGCAGCGGCAGCAUGACCAGCUUGAGGCGCAGAAGCAGGAAUAUCACCAGGUUGUACAGCAGAUGGAACAAAAAAAACUACAACAGGGAACUCCUCCAUCAGGGCCAAAUGGAGAAUUGAAGUUUGAGCCACUGAUUUGAUUAAGUGGCCUUGGGCCAUGAUUUAGGGAAACCAGCAGUAAGUGAGAAAGCUCUGCCUAUUGCCUUUAAAAUAAAUUGUGCUCACUCAUAAAGAUAAGUAUUAUUUCACAGGUGCUUAUCAUCUCUCUCAGUAAUGUCUCUUUGGUAGUAACAGUUCUGAAGAGGCUGUAGUAUCUUUUCCCUAGUGUUUCCUGGAAACUGCCCCCCACUUUUAACAACCUUCUGUGCCAGUCAUUCUUCCACCAAAACGCUUUUGCUCCGCUUCAGGCCAUCUCUCGUUUACAUGUUUGCUCCAGUCCUUUGAGGCAACUUCCCAGAGGCAGCAGCUGCACUUGAAUUUCAUCCCCUCGGUGAGAAUUGAGCUCCCGGGGAGGCAGAGAAAUUCAUGUGGCAGUGUGAUUCCUCUAAACUAAGAAAGAGGGAAGUGGGGACAUUUGUCAGGCAACCUUCCGUUUUUGCCCCUGUCAGCAUGCUGGCUGCCUGCCUGUUUCUGGCACUCACUUGUCCCAUCCCCAAGAGGAACCACCGAAAAUGCGGUCCAGUUUCACACAUGAGCUCAAGGAUCAUGGUAUCUGGGUGUUGCCCUGUCCAUCAGGUUACGUGUGACUCCUUGUGUUCUGGCCCCCUACAAACUAAAAGGCAACUGUUCUGUCCCAAGAGCAGCACAUACAUAGGGCGUAAAUGUAGGAAAAGGAUAGGGAAGAAUUCAAAAAUAGUGGUUACUGAUCCAUAGCGAUCAGAAAGCGCUGCUUACAAAGAAACACUCAUCUCUUUGCUCUAGUACUUUUUGUCCCUGCCUCGUUUUUCUGAGAGCAACUGCCUUAGGCAUUGUCCUCCCGGGCCCUUGGCUUUGCCUUCUAGGAGUUUUUUCUUGUCCAUGAAUUUUCAAGGGACAUAUCUGGCUAGGUGUUGUAAAGUAGGCCCUUCUUGGAGGCUGGACAGUCUUAGCAGUUCACUUCCUGUUAUUGUGGGCUCGGAGCUCACAAUAGUUAACAGCUACAGGCUCUUCCAGACCGAGUUUGAAUCUUUAUUUGUUUUGACCAAAUGCAUUCCUAAAAUUUAGUAAGCUUCUGGUCUGUUUUCUUUAAUCACUUUCAUGAAUAACCACAGCCAUGGUUUUUACAUAAUUUGAAGAUACCAUUUGAAACAAAACACCCCAUCAUUUCCUUUCUAGCCUCUGUGCCACUCCCUGCCCUUGUGCUGGCCUGAGAACUUUCAGACUCGAGGCUGGGGUUGAAUGGUGGCGGGCUGGGCCUGGUCUUUGGCCCUGGGACGGCUCCUAUUACUAGCAGAAAAUUCUUACAGGAAGGUUCUUGAAAAAUGUUGAGGAGGGUUUGGUGGCUUCCUCAGCCUUUCCUUAAAACUGUUUCAGCUUGCAGUACAGCAGUCUUGACUUUUUCAGUUCUUCAAGGCUCACAAUUUGGGAUUUUGUCAGUUUUUAUUGUAGGAAGAGAGCAAGGCCCUCAGCAAAGUUACAUUGCCUUCAUCUCUGCAGACUUGACAUUAGCCUGAGUCACAUUUCUCUUGGAGGACUUUGCUGAAAGGGGCAAGAAGCAGCCUCCAUAUGCUAGUGCUACCACCACCUUCUCUGAUAGCUCUCCCUCGGUCUCAUGGCCCAGACACCUGUUUCCUCAGUAAGCAAACCUCCCCAUUCAAGUCUUUGCACCACUUGCUGCACCUUUCUUCCAGCUGGGGUCAGGAUUCUUGGUUGGAGGUAAUGGAAUCUUCUUAAAGAAGAUUCUUCUGUUUCCUUAAACAGAAAGACAUUGGUCAAGGAAUAUAGAUAGCUCACAGGAUGUUUAGAAGGGUGGGGAAAAAAAUAGACAUAGGCUGAGCUUCUAGGAACUCAGUUGCAAGAGUGGGCUGAUCAAGAAGCUGCCUGCCACAUCAGGAAGCCACCUGCUGGAUUAGGAAGCCUUGAACAGUUGCCGGCUCUGGAGCUGCAGCGUCUCUGCCGUGCUUUGUACUGAUGAAGACGGUGUCUCGUGUCCUGCCUCUUCCCUGAUGGAACUCAGCUCUGAGUGAAAGUCUCCAGUGAGUGCACCAUUUGAUUGGACCAAGCACAUCUGGAACCCCAGCUGCAAUGGAGGUUGGGAAGUAUCCUACAGUGUUUAACUUUACUACCUCUGUGUUACAGGAAUACCUAUUAAAGGCUAUGGAGCUAUGUGAUACAACCAAGAAGAAAUUGGAAAGGAGCCAGAAUUAGACAAUGGGGUUCAUCAUUUCUGUGCAAGAUUUAUGUCCUUUGGAGAACCUGCUAGGGAAGCCACCUCCACCCUUAAUCACUGGUGCCUCAACUGCAGACGUUUAAAAUUCACUUGUUUUUGUUGAAUUUGGGAGACUAAAACAUAUUCAGUAAAAUGCAAAGUUUACUGUUUUUCCUUGUGGGUGAUGGCAAGACAGUAAUGACAAUCCUGUUUUGACAUGUAAGAUUUGUAGAAAAGCAGAUCUUUUCUGUGCUUUUUAAAAAAUAAUGCAACAUUGGCAACAGCUUGCCAAUGCUUCCCUCCUGCCUGUUAUAUUGCCUUUUUAAAUGAAUAGUUAGUUAUGAGGAUGUAACCCUUUCUUAGAGAACCCAAGAACUGAGCCAGACCCCGUGGCCACAGCAAGGGGUGAAGUCACUGUAUUGAGAAAUCUGUAUUUACCAUUUCCAGCUCUGCCAACUUGAUGGUUGAUACAAAAGCAAAGCAAAAAAAUUGAGAGUCUUUCAUUUUACAAAUUGAAGUGUUUUCAAAUAUUGCCUAUAGAAUUAUGUGAAAAAAAACACACCUGCGUCUCAUGCAUACAGAUGUUUAGUUUUCACUGUGGCGCUUUCAGGAUUCGUUUUAGGUGAUGUUGGUCAUGCGCUCGGUGACUGCCGUGUGCCAGCUUGCUCGUCAGCCAGUCUUUGACAGUGUGUUUCUCCCUUCCUGGUUGCCCUCAAAGCUUUGUCUGCCUGUGUAAACAAGUUGUGUGUGUGUGUGUGUGUGUGUGUUUUAACAAAAUUUGUUUACAGUCUGUUGCAAACAGUAUUUGACUUUUGCUGUGCAAAUGUGCUUAUUUUAUUUUAAUUUGUGAUUAUACAUAUGUGUAUCACAAAAGCAAAGCACUAAAAUUGGGGCAGGCAGUUGGCACAGCAGCAUAAGUACCUGCUUGGGACACUUGUUUAUCUCAUUGGAGUCCUGACUGCUUUACUUCUGAUCCAGCCUUCUGCUGAUGCACAGAAGACAACGGCACAAGUACUUGCGUCCUUGACACCCACAUGGGACAUCACGGUGGAGUUCUUCUGAGUUGACCUGGACCAGCCCUGGCUGUUGUGGAAUAAAUUAGUGGGUGGAAGAUCCUUCUGUUUUGCUCUUUCUCUGCCUUUAAAAAAAAAAAAAGUAUGAAAAUAUUUUUGUACUAGUCCUAUAAUUUUGCAACUCCAUAGAAUUUUAAAAUGAGUAAUAAUUUAAUUUUCACAUGAUUUCAAAAGUUAUGACUUGUCUGAGUGAUUUAAAAGUGAGAGAAAAAAAAUAAAAUUCCGUCUUACUCUUUGCCUUCUCUA